ACCAAUUGUCAAUAUGGAAUCCCAACUACGUCUUAAGGGCCCUGAAAAUGAUGAAGGAAUCCUUCAAAUGGAUGGCUUUGGCCAAGAGCAACGUGCGAAAGCUGGAUUGUAUGAUGAAGCUAUAGCGGCCAACAAAGAGUAUUGUGCUGCGUUGAUUAAGUUCCGAGAAGAACUUAUUGAGAGAAAAUCGCUGUUAGAAAAACGUCAUCGCUUAUUGAAAGAAGAGAUUUGGCGUCUGAAAACAAAUGCUGGGGAAAAGACAAGAAAGGGAGAUGUCAUGAAACGACUGAGCUUUUCUAAUUUUGGAUAUCCUUAUUUUAAGGAUAAGGAUGGUAAACCUCUACCAGUAUACGAAGAAGCUCUACGUUUGAACAAAAUUCUUCGUUUUGAGCCAUCUUUCUACACCCCUAAGCCGAAAAUGCUUCCAAAACAAGAAGAAAAAUUGAACGAAGUCCUCUUGAGGCAUUUAAUACGAAUCGCCUUUAACAAACUGACAACUGAAAGAGAGAACGUGAGGGUUAUUUUGACGGAGAAGGCGGCUAAAGGGUUCCCGCACAAAACUUUAUCAAACAAACUUGAAAGUAUUGAUAAACAGAUCAAAGAAGUAAAUGUGAACCCCAAAAAAUGGUUUAAAGAUUCAGUUGUGUUUAAUCUAAUCGACUGGAAGGAGAUCGCCUCGGAGGUGUUCCCACAUCAAAUUGGCUACGAUGGAGUGUUCGUUAGGAGAUGGUGGAUGGUGAAACUAGAUCCUAGCUUCGCGAGGGGUCAACUUACGGCCAAGGAAAUCAAGUGCUUAAAGAAAAUUACUAAGGAUAGCCCUGAAGGGUUUAUGGACUUUCAAGCCAUAGCGACACAAAUGUCUACGGAGUUAAAAGUAAGAAAACGACAUGUUUUUCAACUUUUCCAAUUCUACCAGACGAAGUUGAACGGAAAUAACCGGAAAUUUGGUUGGACUAAGGCGGAAGAGGAACGUUUGCGUGUUCAAUAUCAGGAAAAAAGCACGGAUCACAACACCCCCAAGAGGCAAGAAAUAUGGAAUACCAUUCGCCCAGCCUUUCCUGGGAGGUCUGUCUCUCAAAUGGAGGCAAAACUCCGCAGACUUUCCCCAACACCUGCCAAGUCACCGUCCAGAUGUCUUCCCUAUGCAAUCAAAUCAGUUGUAACCCCGUCGAAAACACCACGUGGGCGUCCGAAAAAGCCCGAAAAGUCAGCUUUGCAUCUGCAGAUCGCCAAGUUGUGCUCUCUCUACAAAUCCAUCCAUCGGGGAAACCGCCGUAAAACAUCGCUCCCAGGCGACGGACGUCGUAAUGGAUUGAUAUUAAGUGCCAUCCAACGACUGUUGCCAUUGAAAACCGAUCAAUGGAAAAUCCCCCGCGAGGCCAGCGAAUUGGUGGCAGCUGGAGUUGCCGAGAAGGAUCUUGGAGCUGUUGAGGUUAUGCUCAGUCUACCGGAGUCCAAUCUUAAUUCGAAGAUCAGUUUUCCGCCCAAUUUGGCCUCUCUUACUGGUUUAAGAGGACUAAUGAUCAGUCUAGAGAGCACAAGUCAGUCUGUUGAUGUGGAAAUUGAACAAGGAAUCUCUGAGACGGAAGUAAACGAAAUCUGCUGCUUGGGAGAUCCAGAUGAGGAUAAAAAACUGCUGUUUGCACUUGAUAAGUGCUUUGGAUCAUGGACCAGACCGUUUCUGGAUAUCGAGGCUCCUGUCGAUGAAAAGAAGUGAAGAGACCAAGAAUAGAUUCUAAGGCUUUGAUUAAGUCUGGUCAAAUAGCAGCCCGCGAAGGACGCGACUCGUAUUUUGUAUAAAUUUUCGUAUGUAUUUACGUCUGUAAAUUUGUUUCUUUUUCAAAAUUCUUGGAACUGAUAACUGUUUUCGUAAUUUUAGAAACCCUUGUCUAGUGCAUGGUCAAAAUUGAUUUCUUGAACAUAAAAAUUUGAUUUUU